AUGAGUGAAGAACAAGAUCCACUAUUAGCUGCUUUAAACGAUGAAGGUGCAGGUAAUAAUAGUACGGAAGAAAAUCAAACCACUAAUGAAUCUGCAGGUGAAGUCUCUAGAGAACCAACUUCUGUACCUGUCAUAGACCCCGAACAGGAACUACGUGAUAAGACAUUAUCCUUAUUUAAGAAGAAAUUGAUGGAGCAUAGACGUUAUGAUGAUCAAUUGAAGAGUCGUAGACAAAAUAUUAAAGAUUUAGAGAAAAAAUAUAAUAAGACAGAGAAUGAUAUUAAAGCUUUACAAAGUAUUGGUCAAUUGAUUGGUGAAGUUAUGAAAGAAUUAUCUGAAGAAAAAUAUAUUGUUAAAGCUUCAUCAGGUCCACGUUAUAUUGUUGGUGUUAGAAAUUCUGUCGAUCGUUCUAAAUUGAAAAAGGGUGUUAGAGUUACAUUAGAUAUAACUACUUUAACAAUUAUGAGACUCUUACCAAGAGAAACAGACCCCUUAGUGUAUAAUAUGACUUCAUUUGAACAAGGAGAAAUCUCAUUUGAUGGGAUUGGUGGUUUGACAGAACAGAUUAGAGAAUUAAGAGAAGUUAUCGAAUUACCUUUAAAAAACCCUGAAAUUUUUCAAAGAGUUGGGAUUAAACCUCCAAAGGGUGUCUUACUGUAUGGUCCACCAGGUACUGGUAAAACUUUAUUAGCAAAAGCUGUCGCUGCAACUAUUGGUGCAAAUUUCAUCUUUUCACCUGCUUCAGGUAUUGUAGAUAAAUAUAUUGGUGAAUCUGCAAGAAUUAUUAGAGAAAUGUUUGCUUAUGCUAAAGAGCAUGAACCUUGUAUUAUCUUUAUGGAUGAAGUAGAUGCUAUUGGUGGUCGUAGAUUUAGUGAAGGUACCUCUGCAGAUCGUGAAAUUCAACGUACAUUAAUGGAAUUGUUGACUCAAAUGGAUGGGUUUGAUAAUUUAGGACAAACUAAGAUUAUUAUGGCAACAAAUAGACCAGAUACAUUAGAUCCUGCUUUAUUAAGACCAGGUAGAUUAGACAGAAAGAUCGAAAUUCCUUUACCUAAUGAAGCAGGUAGGUUGGAAGUCUUUAAGAUUCAUACUUCAAAUGUUAAAAAAAUUGGUGAAUUUGAUUUCGAUGCUGCUGUAAAGAUGAGUGAUGGUUUCAACGGUGCUGAUAUUCGUAAUUGUGUCACUGAAGCAGGGUUCUUUGCAAUUAGAGAUGAUCGUGAUCAUAUCAUCCCUGAAGAUUUAAUGAAGGCUGUCAGAAAGGUUGCAGAAGUAAAGAAAUUGGAGGGUACUUUAGAAUAUCAAAAAUUAUAA